AUGCUUCUCACACAAUUCGUGGGCGCCGCCUUGUUGACAUUGGGCUCAGUCAACGCAUUGCCCCAGGCCAACCCAGACGCCGGCAUUCAGAUCAGGGCCGUUGACGACGUCGAGGGACAUCUGGCUGCGCGAGCUGACGCCAUCGAGGCUCGCCACCGCGGCUGUCCCAAGCACUAUUACCAACACAAUGGCCAGUGCUGCCGCUUCCGUCACAUCCGCCGCGAGUAUUACGACUGUCACCCUUGGUAA